AUCGGAAUACGGUCUUUAUCUAGUUUUGUACCACUUAACUGUCGAAGAAGAUAAAACUCUGCGACAGGUCGGUAGGAAGGAGUGAGGCCUAAUCGAAGGAAUUUAUCAUAAAUGCCGUUACCGCGACUCAAGCAGCAGUUUACCGUAUUUCGUCAGAGUGGUUGCGUCGCUAAUAUCUGACAAAUCGCGCGGCGGCAGUGGUAAUAUUUUUACGAUUUCGCGCCAGCUUUACGAAAAUGAUUAUCAAUAUUCCGACAAUACUCAUCAUUUUUAUUUCGCUUGUACCUGCCUAUGAUAACGCGAAUCUAGGAUCUACAGAAUUCCUCAUUGACAGGAAUCAGCAUGAGAUCCCGACGGAGAAGGACUCGUGUUGUGCCAAAGAGUUCACGAAGAUCACGAAGAUCUCAGAGUUGGACGACAAAGACAAGCCGAAGGAAAACUGCACGCCGCACUCGCUCGAGGAGUUCCCGGAAGAUCUGUUCACAGCGGAGCAACGACGCCAGGGCGCAGUGGCGUUGCACACCUUCUUCGGCCUGUACUGCUUCUUAAUGACCGCGUUGGUCUGCAAUGAUUACCUGCUGCCGUCGCUGGACUGCAUCUGCACGCGUAUGAAGAUCAGCAGCGACGUGGCCGGCGCGACCUUCCUCGCCGCUGCGAGCAGCUUCCCCGAGCUCUUCGUCAACAUAAUCGGCACCUUCCUGACCGAGUCCGAUCUCGGGGUCGGCACUGUCAUGGGCAGCGCGGUCUUCGAUACCUUCGCCACCCCGGCGUGCGGUGCGUUAUCGGCGUUUCACGUAAUACAAUUAGAGUGGCGGAUAUUAACUCGGGAUUGUAUAUUUAACGUGAUAUCAGUUGGAACUUUGGUGGUCAUAAUGUGGGACGGCGUGAUCGAGUUGUACGAAGCAGCCAUCCUCAUAGCACUGUUGAUCGCUUAUUUGAUAAUAUUAUUUUGCGGCAAAUACUUUAUUCGUUGGUACAAGAAGUUGGCACGUCUCUUCACUAGCAAAACCGGCAGUACCGCCUUUUCCGGAGACGAAUCUCCCGAGAACAAGGAAGAACCCAUGACCGACGGUCUCUACAGGCCGUAUUUUCAUGGCGAGCUCGUGGCGGAAUAUAGAAAGAAAAGUCUUACUAGCAACGCAGUUCAUAAGACCUCGACUGAUUGCGCUGUGGAGGCGCAGAAUCACGUGAAGAUGACGGAGGAAUAUAUAGAGCCAAAUACACCCUUUAUAUGGCCGAGCGGCGAUAGACUAGCCAAAAUCUGGUUCUGGUUUAUUUGGCCUUUAAGACUAAUCUUAUUCGUUACCGUACCGGACAGCAGGUACAAACGAUGGAAGAACUGGUACCCGGUAACGUUCGUCAUGUGUGUCACGUGGAUUGCGAUCACCUCAUACCUGGUGUCGUGGAUGAUGACCGUUCUUGGCGACACCAUGGGAAUUUCGGAUUCCAUAAUGGGUCUGACGUUUCUGGCCGCCGGCGGCAAUAUGCCGGAGCUCAUCUCGAUCGUGAUACUCGCUAGGCAAGGUAACGGCAACAUGGGUAUGAGCAAUACGUUAGGCGCGAACACGCUUGACAUUCUAAUGUGUCUCGGCUUACCAUGGCUCAUCAAGACCAGCAUGACAGGCAAGAGCGUUCACAUCGUCUCCGGUGCGUUGUCAUACAGCGUGCUCUCCAUCAUCGUAUGCGUAAUUAUUUUCUACACGGUGGUCGCAAUGUGCAGAUAUCAACUGAACAAAACAGUGGGCGUGAUUUGUCUGAUAUUAUACGCGAUAUUCCUCGUUUUCGCCAUAUUGGUCGAACUCAACGUCUUCUUCCACGCAAAUUUACCCAUGUGCUAAUCUUCCCGAGCGUACUCAACUUGUCUCAUCGCUUUCUGUCUUCUGUUUUCAACUGAUUUUCGCGAGGCGAAGGAAUCAACUGAUUGAAUCGGGAUCGCCCUCGACAGCUUUCCAGGCGUACUUAUGCCCAAUUUCUUCACCUCUAGAUAAGUUGUCGACAACUUUAUCCAUGAGAUAUCUCCCAGAAUCGGUUUUCUUCAUCUUUAAGUAAAGUUUGUAUCCGGCAGAUAAACUCAGAUAUCCGGUACCUGAAGUAACGGAUAUCUGACAGAUAUUGAUUUCAGUGCCCUGACAUAAUCUAAAAAUCACAAGAAUACGUAAUUGUUGUUUUUAUGAAAAUACAAACAUAAUAAUUUAUUUGUUGCUCUUUGGAUAUUAAUAUUUGUGAAUCUGAUGAUGAUGAUGAUGGUGAUGAAUUUGUAAAAAGAAGACAAGGAGAAUUUCCCGAAACAACAUUACAUUCGUCGUAAAUUUUUCCCCAAGCUUCAUUUUUAUCUUUCCCUGUUGUUCCAUCGUUCUUUUAUUUUCGACACAAUAUGUGUAUAUUUGAAUCCAUUAAGGCCCAAGCGGACAUAAACGGACAUUUGAGCACCCUGCCUAGCCAAAACUAAAUUUUGCCAGGAUAACUUGCUCCCUAGGGGCAAAAAUCUCCACUCCUUCGAUUCCCGUCGUUAUUUUUCACCCACAACCCCCGGAAACCUUAAAACCUUAAAAAGAGUGUAAAGAGGGUAAAUUUGGGAAAAUGUGUCUGUGGCAGUUUAAUUAAUGAAUAAACGACGAGAAAAAAAUGCUUCAAAAUUAAAAGUACGUUACCUUAGUAUUUUCUUAGGACACUAGUGUGUAUUCGGUGGUAUUUUUAAAUUCCAACCCUUUGUAAAGGUAGCAGAUGGAGGAAUGAAAUUGAACUGCUUAGAUUUUUGAAAAUCGGGUUUUGGAACAUCAAAACUUUUUCUUGAGCAGUCCUCCCAAUGUUUUCCAUGUGUUUAAUAAUAAUUCAUCACAUGCAACCCUCAGCAAGGGUUGCAGAAGGUUGCAAUAAUAUCGUUAGAGAGGGUGAGAUACCGAUAUUCCUGUCAAGUAUGUAUCUUACGUACAUUAUUUUUCUUUGGAAAUUUGAGGAAUAUUUUUUUCUCUUUCGUGCCAUUUUUCGUGAAAAAUUAUCGUAAUUACCAUAAAACACAUGAAAGACAUUGUGAGGACUGCUCAAGAAAAAGUUUUGAUGCUUCAAAACUCGAUUUUCAGAAAUUUGAGCAGUUCAAUCCCAUUCCUCUAUCUACUACCCUUACAAGGGAUUGGAAUUUAAAAAUACUAUCGAAUACACCACUAGUGUCCUAAGAGAAUACCAAGGUACUUUUAAUUUUGAAACAUUUUUUUCUCGUCGUUUAUUCGUUUAUUAAAGUACCACGGACUUUAAAAAUACUUUUUCCCGAAUUUAUCUUCUUUAUACUCUUUUUAAGGGGGUUUCCAGAACGGAUGAAAAAUAAUCUGAGCUGGAAUCGAAAGAGUGGAGAUUUUUACCCCUAGGGAGCAAGUUUCCCUGGCAAAAUUUAGUUUUGGCUAGGCAGGUUACUCAAAUGUCCGUUUACGUCCGCUUGCGCCUUAUUGGGUUGAUAUAAUGUCGAUUAACAAAUUAAUUUCAGUUCUUGUAAAAUUUGCUCCUCUUUUUUCCUUCUUCAUUGAGCCGGAUAAUUGUCUUUUCGACACUUUUCAAAAUAGUUAACCGAAAAUAGGCGCAAAAAUAUUUAUUUUCGCAAAAUAUAAUCUCACUUGAGAGGAAUAUGUUGAGAGGAAUAUGAGAGGAAUCGCUGGCAGAAUAUGAUAAUUUAUAAUAAAUUUCUGGUACAUUUUGUGUCGAAAGUUAGUAAUAUGAAAAAUAGCUAUCUGUUGGAUACGUAAACAGAGAUUUAAGGACCGGUUGUUCCAAUUUCUUGGUAAGUUAACUAAUAGUUAAAUCAUACGUUUGUCUUUGUUUUUCCUUCUACUUACACAAAGACAGACAUAUGAUUUAACUAUCAGUUAACUUAUCAAGAAGUUGGAACAAUCGGCCCUCAGUGAAGAAAACGAAUUUUUAGUUAUCUGAUGGAUCUUUGUCUGAGAAAUAGCUAUUGGGAAGUGUGAAUAAAUUAGGCAUUAGGAGAGCGAGUCGACACUAACACAGUACGACAGAGAACAUGUACAAAAAAGAAAUUCGUCGAGUGUGACGAAGUUGACACGAAACUGUUGUUACAAGCGUCUUGAUCAUCUCUCUUGUUCAUAUUUUUAUCCCAUAAACUUUCGAUCACGUAUACACACACGCGUACAUACAUUGUUUCAUUUUAAAAAACGCACCUCGAUAAUUCUUUAACGAAGCAUUUUCAGCAAAAAUGUUUCGGACAGAAGUUAUAAGAAUCACUGGGGGCCAUCGACCGGCGACCUUGAAGUCAAUUUUUAAGAUCAGGUCAAGGUCAACUUAAUUUUUUUAAACGGAAACUGCUAUUUUUUAUUAUAUCAUCUUUUUCUACCAAUUAAUUUGAACAACUUUUC